UUGGACUGGAACCCCUGCGUCCUGCCGCUCUCGCCAGCAUGGCCACCGCGCUGCUCCUUCGCCGUCUGUCUUUGGCUAUAGCUGCUCGGCCGCCCCGACGCUUUCUGGGCGCGGCGGCAACUGGGGGGCAUUUCCAGCACCUGCUGGUGGAAAAGAAGGGAGCCGGGCAGAGGGUGGCGGUGAUCCAGUUGAACCGCCCGAAGGCCCUGAACGCGCUUUGCGACGACCUCAUGAAAGAGCUGAGCGAAGCGCUGGAGGCGCUGGAGCGGGACCCAGCCGUGGGCGCCAUCGUCCUGACGGGCAGCGAGAAAGCCUUCGCCGCCGGCGCCGACAUCAAAGAGAUGCAACACCGGACUUUCCAGGAGUGCUACAGCGGCAACUUCCUCGCCCAUUGGAACCGCCUGGCCAGCGUCCGCAAGCCGGUCAUCGCCGCCGUCAAUGGCUACGCGCUGGGCGGCGGCUGCGAGCUGGCCAUGAUGUGCGACAUCAUCUACGCGGGCGAGAAGGCGCAGUUCGGGCAGCCGGAGAUCCUGCUGGGGACCAUCCCCGGCGCCGGUGGGACGCAGAGGCUGACCCGAGCGGUGGGCAAGUCUCUGGCCAUGGAGAUGGUCCUGACCGGAGAACGGAUCUCGGCCCAGGAAGCCAAGCUGGCCGGCCUGGUCAGUAAAGUCUGCCCGGUGGAUAAACUGCUGGACGAAGCCGUCGGCUGCGCGGAGAAGAUCGCCCGGCACUCCAAGCUAGUGGUGGCCAUGGCCAAAGAAGCGGUCAACGCCGCCUUCGAGCUCACCUUAGCCGAAGGCAACCGGCUGGAAAAGAGGCUCUUUCACGCCUCUUUUGCUACGGAGGACCGGAAAGAGGGGAUGGAUGCCUUUGUGGAGAAGAGAGAAGCCAAGUUUAAAGACAAUUAAUUCCUCCUGCGUGGGUAGCCUUUGGGGAGGGGUAGGAAUGCAGGUACAUUUAGAGAAGACAAUAUGCAGCUACACUUUGCCAAAAGAGGCCUUGAUUUGCAAUCCCUGGACCCUAAAUUGACAGCUGUCUCUUUGCCAGAAAGUGGUCCCGGCUCUUAAUGAUUGGCACCAUGGUGUGCAAAAAAUCAAAUUCUUUGGAAAGGUAAUUAAAAAUAAAGUUAUCCCAAUUUCCCUUAAAAGUGAUCUUUGCAGAAUGCUUGGGAUUGCAUAAAAAUGGAAGCUUUUGUGUCUACAGUAAAUGACAAAAUAAUUGAGGGAAAAGGAAUAGUUAUUACAGCAUUGGAAGAUGGAUUGAUCUAUCCAGAAUCCUAUACCUUCUGAAUUCUUUUAUCUUGGUGAUAAAUCUGAGAUUUAGCUACCGCUGUCCUAUAUAAGCUAUAGAGUAAAGUACAUCUGGUGCGAUUGCAUGUGAUUAAAAAGCCCCUAAGCUCAGUUCUAAUCAAGAAUAUGCUGGUGCAUCAAACACAGGUCAUUGGAAGCGUUUCAUAAGCUCGAGUUAAUAACAUACCAGUAAGUGACAGACUGCUGUGUCAUUGCAUUGGAAACUUGGUUAAAGCAUUCCGUCCUGGAUAGUGCUGUUCGCUUAGGUGGAUUUUCAACAUUUUGGCUUAUUUUGAGAGCGGGCAUCAGAUUUUUAUUUUUUAAUGUGUGACAGUGUUCACAGAAAAAAAAUGACAGUAAAGGUUAUCUUAUAAGCUAAUGAAAAAUGCAAAAAAAAAGUAUUCUCACCUAUUGUACUGAUUUCUUAAUUUCAAUAAACACUUAAUAAAAUGAUGUUAUUUAAAAAUAAA